AUGGGCAUUUCAGGUGCGGUCUACAAGCCGCCGGAGGCUGACCUUUGGGUAGAAGCGAUUCAACAACUAGACGACGACGACAAAAGCCUGAUCUGGCCACACGCGACAGACAAUCUAACCGUUCUCGAUGAUGUCCUGACGAGCGCCAAAGAGAGACAGGAAGAGUGCAAGCAGAAAAGAUGGAAAUACAAACGGCGAGAUGGCCGCGAAGUCGAGCUUCGAGGGGUCUUUGAUAAGAUAGUUGAGAAAGUCGCCCAGUUCAAGGAUCUUGGUGAUUCUGUCGCUGCGCUGGAUUCGACGCAUUUGGCUGUUCCUUGGGGGGCGAUAAAAUUGGUUCUUCAAUUCGCAGUGAAAGAUUCGGAAUACCUCCAUGUCGUUUACGGAGGAAUCGAGAUGUUGACUGUCUUCAUCCCUCGCUAUAUGGUAUUCGAGAGGCUGUACCUGCAAGGUGAUUUUCAAAUAAAGAGUGUCCUCCAGCGAGAAAUUAUCAAGCUCUAUUCCAGCGCUCUGAGGUUCAUGGCGAAGGCCAAGGCUUAUUAUGCAAUGGGAACUGCUAAACGAAUCGCGAAAGGCUUCCUCCAAAUAUUCAGCACGUUCGAGGACUUGAUAAAAGAAAUCGAGAAGCAACAAGUCAUAGUGGAGGAUCUUGCUCGCUUGGUUGAUUCAGAGAAUUCACAGCAAAAAGGUGAUACGAUACUUGAGAAGCUGGAAGAUGUCUCGCAUGAGCAGGAUCUCUUGAAAGAAUUUCUCAAAAGCUUUCAAGAUCCGAUAACAUCGAUGACCAAUGGGAUUGUUGACCUGCAGAGAAGAUCAGAGGGCCAGGAAGAAAAGAACAUACUUAAUUGGCUUUCUCCUAUCUCCCAUAGUGGCCAUCACCAAAGACUCCGAACAGAUCGCUUGCCAGUUUCGGGGCUCUGGGUGUUUGACCAGCCGGAGUAUGUGACAUGGCGAACUUCAAACAGAUCGUCACUUCUGUGGCUUCAUGGAUACCCUGGUACUGGGAAGAGUACACUCAUGUGA